GGCGAUCUUUGGUGGAAGCAGCAAUUUUGGCGCGGAAUAUUGCAAGUGUUUGUGGGUGCGACCUACAGCGCGGGAGUCUGUGUCCUUGUAUGUGGAUUAUACGUAGACUUUUACGUUGCCUUUAUAGCCACUUAACCUUUUCAUUCGACGCUUCAGGGAAAAGACUGUAGACAACAUGCAGCGCAGCAUCGCAUCCUUUUUUCAAUCAAAGGUGAAGGACAAAGAUGUACAGAAGACAGCCAGUGACGAGCAAGUGAAAAAGGCUGCCAGAAGCCCACUCAAGGCCCAAAACGGGGCCCACCAAGAGGACUCGCCCGUCAAGAAGGUUGCCAAACGCACUCGGCGCAUUUUGGACAGCGACGACGACGAUGAUGAAGAAGUCGUGAAUGUUGGCAAACAACAGGUCAAAGAGGACGUCUUCAAGGCAGUGUCAACAACCAUGUCGCUUCCGCCGCCUCCCCCGGCCCCUGCCAUUCCUUCCACACCCACCUCCUCCAUGUCCCCUAGCACCCCCACCUCUGUCUCGUCUUCUGAAGGCAUCAGCAAACGCAAGACGGCGAGGAAGAUGUUCCCCAAGAGGAAGCUGGACGACAGCGGCAGUGACAGUCAAAAGGAGGACGAGGCCAACACCAAGAUUCCGGCGGCGGACGAUAGUCAGCGGAAAAAACGAGCCCGUGUGGACGAUGGCGACAGAGACGAGUUUGCUGAGGAAGAAAGAGACGACAGCGAGGCAGCGACGGAGCAAGUGAGGACGCCGGAUAAAGACAGAGAGAAUGCGGAAGAGAUUGAAAAAAAGCUGGAGGAAGAGGAGGAAGACAAGAAUGACGACAAGGCCGCAAAAGAGGAAGCCAAGAAAGCUCAUAUCAGCAGCUUCUUUGCUCCCAGAAAGGCUGCAGUGAAGACGGAGAAAAAGAGCGAAAGAGAGAAGAAGACAGGAAUGACGACUUCGACUUCCUCCAUGAAGGAGGACAGCAAAGAUGCCAAAAGUGAGUCGACGGAAACGGACUACAACCCAUCCAGACCCAACUACCACCCACUCGAGCAUGCCUGCUGGAAGGAGGGACAAAAGGUGCCUUACCUGGCGCUGGCUCGCACCUUUGAGAAGAUCGAAGAGGACUCUGGCAGACUGAGAAACAUCGAGACUCUGGCCAACCUGUUCCGCUCAGUGCUGCUGCUUUCUCCAGACGACCUGCUGUGCUGCGUCUACUUGUGUCUAAACCAGUUGGGACCUGCCUACCUCGGCGUGGAGCUUGGCAUUGGAGAGACGGUGCUGAUGAAAGCUGUUGCGCAGGCCACGGGGCGACAGCUGGACAAGAUCAAGGCAGAGGCUCAGGAGCGCGGGGACCUUGGUCUGGUGGCCGAGAGCUCCCGCAGCAACCAGCGCACCAUGUUCAGGCCGGCCAGCCUGACGGUGGGCGGCGUCUUCAAGAAGCUCAAGGAGAUCGCAAGCAUGAGCGGCAAUUCGGCCAUGAAUAAGAAGAUCGACAUCAUCAAAGGACUCUUUGUGGCCUGCCGCUUCUCCGAGGCCCGCUACAUCGUCAGGUCAUUAGCCGGGAAGCUGCGGAUCGGAUUGGCCGAGCAGAGUGUCCUGUCGGCGUUAAGUCAAGCCGUGUGCCUCACUACACCCCAGAAAGGUACCUCUCCUGCCGUGAUGGACGCCGGGAAAGGGAUGACUGCCGAGAGCAGGCGUGCUUGGAUCGAAGAGAAGAAUCUUAUUUUGAAACAGACUUACUGUGAGAUGCCCAACUACGACAUCCUCAUCCCCGUUCUUCUUAAAGAAGGCAUCGACAAGCUGCCCGAUCACUGCAAACUCACCCCAGGCGUACCCCUGAGGCCCAUGCUGGCGCACCCCACUAAGGGAGUCGGGGAGGUGAUGAAACGCUUCGACGAGGCGGCGUUCACCUGCGAGUACAAAUAUGAUGGCGAGCGCGCGCAAAUUCACAUCCUGGAGAGCGGCGAGGUUCGGAUAUUCAGCCGCAACCAGGAGGACAACACCACCAAGUACCCUGACGUCAUCUCUCGUAUCCCCAAGGUGAAGAAAGACUCGGUGGUCUCCUGCGUGCUGGAUUCUGAGGCGGUGGCGUGGGAUCGCGAGAAGAAACAGAUCCAGCCGUUCCAGGUCCUCACCACACGCAAGAGAAAGGAUGUGGAUGCAGCCGACAUCAAAGUCCAAGUGUGUGUGUACGCCUUUGAUCUCCUCUACCUCAAUGGAGAGUCUCUUGUGCGACAGCCACUGUGUCGGCGUCGGGAGCUCCUGCGAGAGUCCUUUGCCGAAGCGGAAGGAGAGUUUGUAUUUGCCCGAUUCAUCGACUCGGACAACACGGAGACCAUCGCAGAGUUCCUGGAGCAGUCUGUCCGAGACUCGUGCGAAGGCUUGAUGGUGAAGACUCUGGAGAAGGACGCCACCUAUGAAAUCGCCAAACGCUCCCAUAACUGGCUCAAGUUGAAGAAGGACUACCUGGAGGGCGUGGGGGACACGGUGGACCUGUGCGUUAUCGGCGCCUACCUUGGCAAAGGCAAGAGGACGGGGACAUAUGGCGGCUUCCUGCUAGCCUGCUACGACGAAGACAACGAGGAGUUCCAGUCGGUCUGCAAGAUCGGGACUGGCUUCAAGGAUGAAGACCUGGAGCAGCACCACAAGUUCUUGAAGGAACACAUCUUGCCCAAGCCCCGCCCCUACUACCGCGUGGACCAAUCGGCCGAGCCCGACGUGUGGCUGGAUGCUGUGCAGGUUUGGGAGGUCAAGUGUGCCGACCUGUCGCUGUCGCCCGUGUACAAGGCCGCCAUGGGAAUGGUGGAUCCAGAGAAAGGAAUCUCCCUGCGUUUCCCUCGCUUCCUUCGCAUCCGAGACGACAAGAAGCCCGAGGACGCCACGAGCGGCGCUCAGAUCGCCGACCUGUACAAGAAGCAGCAGCAGAUCCUGAAUCAGGGAGACAAAGCCGACACGGAGGACUACUUUUGACCUGACCACGAUGCCAAUAAAUCAUCAUCAAUCACUGAUAUCAUUGAUAUCAGCCUGAAUGUAAAUAAAUGUAUUUUUGUCAACUUGAAUGGAAAUAAAAGGUCCUUUUACACAUCCUAAGAGAGAGUGUGUAUGCGAGUCUGUGUGUGUGAAUUGUGCGUGCAAAUGUUUCUCCAUUUGUGUAUGUCAGUGUAUGUGUGACUGAAAUUCCUAAAUGUCCUCCUCCUCCCUAUCGUGGCUGUUGUUGUGCUGAAUGGAAAUCAAGCAGGCAGCGGAGCAGAAAAUAUUGAAAAUGCAAAUAUGGAAUUGAGGUGUGCUCAAAAGUCUGGGUGCUAUCGGACUGCGCUGUGCACUGGCCCAAACUGUUCCAGUGCUCACAUUGAAAACAAAAGACAUAAAAAGUAAGAAUACUGAGAUGAUGACGGUAAAUGGGCUGUCACUUGUAAAGCGCUUUUCUACCUCUGGUACUCAAAAGCGCUUCACACUGUUACCUCAUUCAUCUACUGAUGAUGCAGCAUCAGGUUCAGUAUCUUGCUCAAGGACACUUCGAUAUGGUCGCGAUGGCCGGGGAUCGAAACUGCUAUUGCUGACCGACAUUUGAAUUUUGGCCUGUUUUACUGCCUCUUCACCUCCUGGACUUGGCCUGGCUUGAAUCCAAGGUGUGUCAAGGCCUACUUGAAUGAGUUAGUCAGAGGGCUGGACGGUCAGCUUGCAUCAGGCCUGCGCAGGUCUUCCUACGAGACCUUUGUGUCCUCUGUUCUUGUUGAUUUCCUGUAGGUGGACGUCGUCCCAACACUUUUGUCCGUCAUGGUGUCUGUGUCUUCGCCUCCCAAUGGCCUCUUUGUCCACUGCGGUAACAAAAGCUUUGUUCUCCGCCGCCUCCUCGUCCUUCCAUCCGUCCAUCCCGCCUCAUCCGUGGUAACAAAGGCUUUGUUCUCCACCUCCUCAUCCGUCCAUUCCUCCUCAUCCCUCCAUCUUGGCGCUGGCUGUGACAUCGCUGCCAUUCCAGGCCGUGAGGGAGAGAGCGGGUGGCACACACGCCGCCAUUGUCCCGAGCCAAAGCCCUCAGAAUAUCAAUAGUGUUUUUCUUCACGGCGUUGGCCACUAACCUUUAGGAUCUCAUUAUGUUCGGCACCCCCCCUUUUUUUUUUCUCUUUCUGCACGAGCUUUUCUGCUCGCUGAAGUCAGGAAGCCUCACCCGCUGCAAACCGUUCGUUACACAUUGGGGGGAAAAAAAAGCUACAUUGACGAAGGGUGUCAAUUUGAGGCCAGCUGCCAGUUUGCAAUUGGCCUGCCGCAUCCCCUUAUACUCCCGCAUCAAAAGGCUCCGGGAAAAAGUCGAAACGUUGAAAGAGAGGAUGUUCUCAGAGGGGCCACUGACCUUCGAGUGUCAAUGUCAGGUGAUAACAGAGAGACUGGACGACUCACAGAAAGGCACAGAAGAACUCUAGAACAUUUUCAUGGAUCAAACGGCGCUUGUUAGAGGACAGCAAGUUAUGCAGGGUGAUCAGGCUGCCGCCGAUGCCGAGUGGGCAACAUUUAUCACAUCGUAUGCUGCUGUACAGUGUUAGUUAAAACCACAGGGAGUAGUCCAUUGAAUGAAAUGACGCGCUGCAGGUAGAUAGAUGCCUUCGGGGAGUUUGUUCAAUGCAGUGCUUACAGCAACAGCCUCAAUUUUGACGUCGCCACCAAACCGCCUCCGAUGCAAAGGGGGGGAAACAGCAGUAAAACAGGCCAAAAUGCAGAUGUCAGGAUCUAAGACGGGGCUAGAGACAAUUUGCAUCCUAAAGCAUUUACGGUACCCGAAAGUAACUUGUAAAUUACUGAGACGAGGAUAGAGGUAGUCUGCUUCGAGUUCCGUAACACGCAAUCGCCUUUGAGACUUUCAAUUUUUCCCCACUGUACAGUAAUGACACUUUAUAAAAUCCAAUUAAUCAUUU